AGCAGAACACGGAAGUAAAAAGUUGAAAAGUUUAGGAAAGUUUUGAUUUCCUCAUAGUUUUAACCAAUCCUCCUUGUUUAAUCAACAUAACUGCAAAUUACUACAAUACAGUAGUCCUGUACUUAUUACAUCGCUCAGUGCAAGUGAAAUUCUUCCAGAAAUAGAGCAGCUGAGAGCUGAAACCAGCAAUUUACACUUACAGAAAGUUGUAUACGAUCAGUUCAAAAGCCUCCAGCUGCAUUAUGGACAAUGUUGUGAAUUGUCGGACUCCACGUCCUCAUGCAUCUAUGCGACUGUUCUGUUUUGCAUGGGCUGGUGGCUCCUCUGAUGAAUUCUCAGAGUGGUCUAAAAUCCUACCGGAUGAUAUUGAAGUAAUUGCUUUGAGACGAAGAGGAAAAAACAACAACUAUUUCCUGAAUAGAUUCAACUCAGUUGAAGAAAUGGUUACAGAGACUGUUGCAGCUAUAGCAGAUAGAUCAGACAAACCAUUUGCAAUAUUUGGACACAGUUUAGGGGGCCUCCUAUCUUUCCUUGUGGCAGAAAGGUUGAGAUCGCAGCAUAAUAUAGAGCCAGUCCACAUGUUUAUAUCCGGUUGUGCUGCUAUACAUUCAGAUGAAUUCAAACAAAGACAAAAAGAAAUUGCUGUCAAAUCAGAAGAGGAAUUUAUCCAGAUGUUGAAAAAGCUAGGUGGUACGCCAGAUGAGAUAUUCGAAAACCAACAAUUAAUGCAGAUGAUUUUUCCAUACCUUAAGAGUGAAUAUAAUUUAUUAAGUGAACUAAGUUACAGCAUAGAUGCAGACAACAGACCACUAAGCUGUCCUCUCACCAUCUGCAUAGGAAAAGAAGAUGUCUUUAAAGACAGUUCUGUGAAACAAUGGUCUGAAGUGACAACUGGGCCAUUCCAACAAGUGAAAUUUAAUGGAGGACAUUUUUACCUUCAGGAUAAGGACACUAAAAAGAAAUUAUGCGACCUCGUAUCCAAUACAUUGUAUGAACUGGACUACAUGCCAGCUUGAUCUAGAACAUGAGGGAAAAGUGCCAUAUCUACUGUAAUAUUUCCGACACGAUAAAACUGCUGAACAAUCACACAUUUUACUGUAAUGCUCAAUUCUUAAUGAAAAAUGUUCUGAAUUGAUGUAAAAUCUUAUGUCUCCCCAUAUAUACAUGAAUAUUGACAUUGAAAUAUCUCCUAGAUAUAUUAAUAUUUUCAAUGCCAAGAAAAAUAUUUUGAUGACAUCAGCAAUUGUAUCCAAGCACAUGGAAAGAAAUUUUUAAUUCAAAUAAUUAGAAGGGAUAGACAGUGUAAACGUUGAUUUCCAUUCGCCAAAUAUUUUUACAUACACAUUUUACAUACACAUGCUAUAU